CAGCAAGGGAUGGGGGGUGCUCAGCACGCUGCCCGCUGGGGCCCAACGCACUGACGCCGCGGUCAAGGGCGCGGUCACCGGCGCCACCACCGCUCGCUCUGUCCCCUCCGAGGACCUCGGUUCUGGCUCGCUGGGUCUGACUGGUUCAGACCUCCAUGAGCCGGUCCCAGGUAGCCCUGCUGGGCCUGGGCCUGCUGCUCAUGCUGCUACUGUACAUGGGACUGCCAGGACCCCCUGACCAGACCUCCUGGCUCUGGAGAGAUCCCAAUGUCACGAUCCUGGCUGGUUUCACCCCUGGCAACGCCCCCAUUUUUUACCGCGAGGUGAUCCCAUUCCACCGGGUCCGCAGGUUGGAUGUGGUACUGCUCCACGGAAAGGCCUUUAACUCCUACACAUGGGAGCAGUUGGGCACGCUGCAGCUGCUGGCACAGAGGGGCUACCGGGCCGUGGCCCUCGACCUCCCAGGUUUUGGGAACUCAGCACCUUCAAAGGAGGCAGGCACAGAGGCAGGGCGGGCAGAGCUGCUGGAGCGAGUGCUGCAGGACCUGGAGGUGAAGAAUGCCGUGUUGGUGAGCCCUUCGCUGAGUGGCCGCUAUGCUCUGCCAUUCCUGAUGAGAGGCCACCACCAGCUGCAGGGAUUCGUGCCCAUUGCACCCACUUCCACCCAGAACUACACCCAGGAACAAUUCUGGGCUGUGAAGACCCCAACUCUCAUCCUGUAUGGGGAGCUGGACCGCAUCCUGGCACGAGAGUCACUGCGGCAGCUCCGCCACCUGCCUAACCACUCAGUGGUGAAGCUGCGUGACGCAGGCCAUGCCUGCUACCUUCACAAGCCGCAAGACUUCCACCUCGCCCUCCUUGCCUUCCUUGACCACCUGCCUUGAGCUCACCCACUGUCCAGGCCCCCUAGGCCUGGCCUGAGUUUGAAGGGUCAGACCAGUCCCCCACCAGGGAGGCAGCCCCUGGGAUUGGAGGGCAGAGGCCAGAGGACUGGGCCCUGUCAGGACCUCUCAUUUCAUCUCAGAGACACAAUAAAAAAAAAACAUUUUUGUCA